UACAUACUUGGCGCUAUGUGUUGUGUUUGUUUUUUAUGUACUUUUUUCUGUCUCCUCUUUAAAACUUGCUUAUAUUCAUGCUCUGCUCUCACCCUGCCAGCCGCAGUUCCAGAGGGAGGGAUCGGACCUUAUAAGGCCAGUACGCGGUCACUGGAGGCAAACAGUUUGAGGUCGAAGCCUUUCGGGGUGAGACAUCAUCACAACGUGAUCGAACAGAAACAACAUCAUUUCAAACAAGUGAAAUCAAUUUACAGAACAAUAACAACCAAAAAAAAACAAAACCCGUGUGUGCGAUUGUGCUUCUCCGGUAGAAAUCCAUCGUAGUGAAGAAAGAUUGUUAAAUAAACAUGAAUCGGUUGUUGGCCAACCAAACCGUGGUUGGGUUGUUGGUUGUGCUGGUACUGCAGUAUUGCACCGGACACACACUUCCCAGCAUUAAGGAGGCACCGGUUGUUAACCAACCGGCCACCCGGAUCGAUGCCACCUCAACAACUCAACCGGUCAAAUACGAUGGUGCCCAGCUGUGGCGCAUCGCUUACGACGAUCAACCGAAAAAGAAUGCCGUUGCUGAGCUGCAGGAUCGAUACGAUGCGUCCAUGUGGAACUAUAAUGCCACCUCGGUGGAUAUAUUUGUACGCGGACAGCAGAUCAUGAAGGCGGAAUGUUUCCUCCGUGCGGCUAAUAUCCCGUUCGAGGUGGUGAUCGAGGAUAUGCAGCGUGCAAUCGACACCGAGAACCCAUCGCUAGAAGAGACUGAGUUGUGGGAAAACCGGAACGGUCACCGCAUGACGUGGACGGCGUAUCACCGGCUGGCGGACAUUUACGACUGGAUGGAUUACCUGGCACAAACCUAUCCGGACCUGUGCAGCACAAAAUCAAUCGGUAAAAGUGUGCAAGGCCGGGAACUGAAGGUGUUGCGCAUCUCCAACGGAAGUCCGUCCAACAAGGCGAUCUGGAUGGACGGUGGUAUACAUGCGCGGGAAUGGAUUAGCCCCGCCACCGUUACCUACAUCGCUAACGAGCUGGUAGAGGACUGGGAUAACCAGCCGGCUCACCUACGCAACAUUGACUGGUACAUCCUGCCGGUACAUAAUCCGGACGGGUAUGAACAUUCGCAUCAGUACGAUCGGUUGUGGCGCAAAAAUCGGGGCGGACUACAGUACGGACCGUGCGCCGGUGUAGAUCUAAAUCGUAACUACGGCUACAAAUGGGGCGGCCAGGGAACGUCCAAACAACCGUGCUCGGAAAUCUUUGCCGGAUCGGGUCCAUUCUCCGAACCGGAAACCAAAGCUGUUAGCGAGUUCAUGCAGUCGUCAGCUGCGGAUUGGAAAGGUUUUCUAACGUUCCACAGCUACGGUCAGUACAUUCUGUACCCGUGGGGGUACGAUCGCGUUGUUCCACCGGAUCAUGCCGAUCUGAAGCGGGUCGGCGAUGCGGCUGCAGAGCAAAUGCUGCAGGCUAGUGGUUCACGUUACACGGUCGGACCUUCCGGUAGCACACUCUACCCGGCGGCAGGUGGUUCGGAUGAUUGGGCACGCGGUACUCUCAACAUCAAGUACGCAUACACGAUCGAGUUGCGAGAUACCGGCCGGUAUGGGUUUGUGCUGCCCGCGAACCAGAUUAAACCCACCGGCGACGAAGCCGUCCAGUUCGUUGACAUUGUUGCGCAGGAAGUGACCAAACUGUAACAGAUCGUCGCACAAUGACCAAAUUCCCAAUACAAAACACGCGCACAGAAAAAGGCUGAAACUGAAAUAAAAAUGAAACUGAAAUCUACCUUCAUACAGU